CACACACACACAGCGUAUUGUGGUUUAAAGGCAACAAUGAUUAACAUUUCUAGUUAAUUAAAACUUAACAGAUGGUGUUACUUGACAUUCUGGUUGGCCAGGACCCACGGAAUUUCAUAUUUAGAGUCUAGGGCUGAAUGCCAAGCUCGGUUAGCAGAUACUGUGAACACACACACACACACACACACACACACGGGACAUUGAAACAGUGGUCUCUGGCAUUACGACAGACACUAUAGCUGAGGGAAAAUCACAGAUGAAACAGCGAACACCUAUAGCUCGGCUUUUUUCCAGGCAACCAAGAUAUAAAAGGAGGAUUCUACUGUGUUACUGAUUGUAUCUCAGAAGAGUCGUUUGCACAUUUCAGCGGCAGCGCUUGGAACUUCGUAUUCUAAAACGAUCUGGGCAAACAAGCUAAGGAGAAUGUAUUUAGUAGAAUUGUAUUUUGCGACGGAGAGGUGAUCUUGAAGCGACUCGGCUUUUUCUGUUGAAAUAAACAAGGAAUGGUUUCUAGCUUUUUGUGAAUUGUGAGGAUUUGUUUUGUUUUUGUUUGGACUACUAUUACCUUGCAUUGAAUUCUAAAAUUAGGAUUUGGUUUUACCAACACAAAUCAUUGGACUGCACGAAGAUAUCAUUUGAAUGGAUUUGGAUUUGUUUCAUGCUUACCUAACAUUAAUAACAGUGGCACGGUAGUAGCAGUACAUGCAUGUUUACAAGCAUUUGCUUUGUCUUAACUUUACUUAAAAUUUAACGCUGUAUGCAUUUGCAUUCGUUUUAAUUUAAUUUGCGUUUAAUUUUAAUAGAACUUGGGACAUUUGCGUCAAAAGGCGCACUGCAUAGAAUUAUGGAAAUUCAGAUUGGACUAGAAGGACUUCGUGACUCCUCCAACAGUCCUUUUCGUGGGACCUUCCAAAACGUUUUCCAUAGCGUGCGAACUCAGUUCCAAAGUUGCGAGAGCUUGGACUCGAAGUACAGAUGGGAGAUGCGCCAAACUAGCAACCAGUGCGCGCCAUACCUCGAGACGCCGCUUAGUUCGGAGAGUGCAGUGGACGAGGUCCAGAGUGCUGCUUUUUCCAGACAACUCAUUGCUCCAGACAGGUCUCGCAGCUUUACGAAGAGAGCAAUGAGCAGCGGCAGUGAAUUCUCUACAGCGCUUGCAGCAGGAGCUGUGGAUGAGGGGGUGUGUGCCUCAUUCUUCUCUGAUUUGCCCCACUGCAGCCUAGAACAACAAGGAGCCGCUGUAUCCGUCGCACCACAAAAUGACAGAGAGUAUAAUGACAGCGGCGCCUGCUUGCGAAUGCGAAGCAGGGGCACCGAUUCAGCCAGGACCACCAUCUCUGAAACUGCCAGGGAGCUCUGCAAGGCAGUCUCGGUAUCGCUUGGUUUAAACAUUGAACCAAACGAGAUGAAUGACUUGAGGUCAAGCCAUGGCUCAUAUCUUAGUAGUGACCGAAGUCAAGGAGACUGCAUGUUCGAAGUGCCUUUAGUAGGGUGCUCGGGCCCUGGGCGCAGCAGUGCACAUGAUGGCAGAUCAGAGCAAAAUGAUAAGGAUGUUGGAAUGUUUAAUGGAUCCCUCGCGAAUGGAAGUACGAGUGGGGUAGCCCCACUCCAACACCACAGCAUUGCGCAUUCUAAAGGGGGCGAGAUGGUUGACCCUGUGAAUUUUAAUAUCAGGGGUUGCGAGGACUCCGAAGAUUGUGUAAAUAUAGAGAGAGGUUACUUAACCCCCUGUCAGGCUGUCCAGUCGGUGCCGUCAAACACGGCAAGCUGUGUGCAGAAUCAAAACUGGCCAGGGAGCAUGCCGCACAAAAACGCACCUCUUCUUGGUCAAUCGGAAACAGUUACCGUGGGCACAGAUGGCGAGUACGCUACACAUUUCAGCCUAACGCCCAGCUUUAGGAUAAAGACUGAAGAACAGAACAACGAAUGGGGUGCUCAGUGUAGGUACAAAGACAAUGACGGUGUAGCUUACGGGUCUUCAGCGCCUGCGACACGUUCACAGGACACGGGGCAAUGCGGACUGUUUGUCUGCAGUCCAUUUGAACACUGCAGGAGCAGCGACCUGUGUGUACAAGAUGGAAUGGCAACAGAAUCGUGGUACCCCGGUGGGAUGGUGGGGAGGAUGCCAUAUACCAAAUUACCUUGUUUGAAAACCGAAGGGAAUGACUGGGCUCCUGUACCCUACGGUGACACACGGUGGGAUGGGGGCAGAAACACACUUUUCCCAAUGGAGUAUUUCUUCCCGCCCCAGAGGACCUGUCUGAUUUGUAGUGACGAAGCGUCGGGAUGUCACUAUGGAGCGCUCACCUGUGGCAGCUGCAAGGUGUUCUUCAAGAGGGCGGCUGAAGGAAAACAGAAGUACCUGUGUGCCAGCCGAAAUGACUGCACGAUUGAUAAGCUCAGGAGAAAGAACUGCCCGUCCUGUCGUCUCCAGAAGUGUUUCGAGGUUGGAAUGACUCUUGGAGCUCGCAAGCUGAAGAAGAUGAAAGGGGCAGAAGAUAUCAGCAAUCAACCACAGAACAAUGCGACGCAGCAUGCAGCAAUGCAACAGAGUGACAUUGUGAGAAUGGAGGUGUUCCAGAACCAGCCGGUUUUCCUUAGUAUCUUGGAGGCUAUUGAACCAGACAUGGUGUUCGCUGGCCACGAUAAUGGAUUGCCUGAUUCCUCUGCAAACCUGCUGACCAGCUUAAAUGAACUGGGGGAGAGGCAAAUGGUGCACAUGGUGAAGUGGGCAAAAGGACUGCCAGGUUUCCAGAAUUUGCAUGUGGAAGACCAAAUGAAAAUGAUUCAGUAUUCAUGGAUGGGGACCAUGGUGUUCGCUAUGGCGUGGAGGUCCUUUAAGAAAGUCAAUUCCACCAUGCUGUACUUUGCUCCAGACCUUGUAUUCAAUGAGGUCCGAAUGCACAGAUCCAAGAUGUUUGAGCACUGCGUAGCAAUGCGACACAUUGCUCAGGAGUUCCUUUGGCUUCAGGUCACACAGGAAGAGUUCUUGUGCAUGAAGGCGCUGUUCUUCUUCAGCAUCAUUCCAGUGGAAGGUUUGAAAACUCAGAAGUAUUUCGAUGAUCUGCGGAUGAACUACAUCCAAGAAUUGUACCACAGCUGUGGAGUGAACACCCCCCGCGCUGAGAGGUAUCACCAGCUCACCAGAAUCAUGGAUUCUCUUCAGCCGAUUGUGACGAAGUUACACCAGUUUACAUUCGACAUGUACGUCCAGACUCAGGGGCAUGGGAGCAGCAUCCAUUACCCAGAGAUAAUGACUGAGAUCAUCUCUGUGCAGGUGCCAAAGAUCCUCGCUGGCAUGGCAAAGCCAAUCCUGUUUCACAAGCAGUGACGUUCUUCUCUAUCGUCACUCCGACGCGUAUCACGUGCUGCCUGUCCUCAUAGUGUCUGUUUCAGCAUUUUUCACUCGCAUUUAGGCGGGGGCCAGCAUUGUCUCCAGCAUUGUCUCCAGCAUUGUCUCCAGCAGGUGCAGCUAGACCAUUUUUUCCUCAAGAGACUUUUUGUUUGUUUUUUGUUUUUUUAUUCUGAUGCUUAUCAUUGAGUCAGUACAUGCAGUACAUUUAUUGUCUAUAGUGGUGUGUAAUGAUGGUAAAAGCUGUUUACAAGAUCUAUUACAUGUUUGGGAAGUCUGUCAGAUAAAAAACAAUAAUAAUAUUUAUAAUAACUCAACAAGUCUGAUAAAUAUUAUUAUCCCUAUCUUGUAAACAGUACAAUGCUACCUGUCUGUAAAAAAAAAAAAAAAAAAAAAAAAGACAAACUGCUUUAAAAUAGUUCCUUUCUACUGCUCCUUAUCCAAUAUGCUCCACAGAUUUGAAUUCGAUUAGUAGACUUUAAUUCAAAAAAGAUAUCCAGGGAGCGGUUUGGGGGUUAGUGGUACGAGAAAGAGAAGGCAGGACUGAACAGCACACCUACCAAUGAUGUGUGUCAAGUUGUUAUUGCUCUUGGAUUUAUUACCAAACAGAUCACAAGCAGAUGACUCACGAGAACCAAAAUAACCGCUGCCUGGAAUUAUAUGACCCUAUAACUGAUUUCUUUAUACACGUUAAGGCAAUCUGUUUGUUUUUCCUACUUUUGCUUGACUCAUUUGACUGUAUUAUUAGAUAUUAUUAGCGCAUCUGUGGAGAAUCGUAUAAACUGUUACAAUGCUCCUAAUUCAUUAUCCUUACGAUGAAAAAUAUUCAUAGAAUACACAGUACCAGCACUUCUUGAUAAUGACACCCAACUCUGUCCUAUAACGACACCAGAUGUCUUUUAAGAAAAUGUUUAUAUUGCAGUAUUUGAGAUGAAAACAAAAUGGUGUCCAGUAAUACUGCUUUCGUUUAGUUUUAUUGUCUGGGUUAAGUGUACAGUAAUCAUCAACAAAAGUGUAGUAUAGCAACAAAACUUAACGUUGCUUCUUUUAAAUAUUCCUCAUUCAUAAAACACUAGCAGGUGUCUGAUCAAGAUUCAGUAUUGCCUUGAGUGAGUUUUCAGCCAAAAUAAAUCUACAGCUUAGAAAAGUUCCUGAGUGCAAGCAGUGAUAAUGACUUGUUAGCAUAUACCAUGUAGUCAGCAUACAGCACAAUAUGGACUCUGUGUUUGCAGAAGUCUUUGGAGCAAACUGUAUGACAAUGUCAAUGUAGUGUUUGCAGCAGGCUUGCAUUGCAUUCAAAACUAUAUCACAUGGAAUGCAGUCUUUACUUGAGCAGCAGUAACUGGUUUCCUUGUAAUGGACUUGGGGUGAGAAUGGAAUUGCUCAGUAUUUCAACAUGUUUUCAUUUAAAACUACCACCCAUUGUUUUCUAUAACAGGAGUGGUUCUUUUACCAAAUGGUAACAGUUUACAUACGAUAAAGAAACGUAGCUGUUUUUAAACCAGAUAAACUUUUUAACGCCUGGAUAAACACUUUCCUACGCUAUUUGCUACCUAUACUUUGUGUUGUUGUUGUGUUUUUUUAUGUAUAUGAAACUUUGUUAUACUUUGUAAAUGGCUGUUAAAAAAAAAAGUUAGAGAAAAAAAAAAGAUUUCCUUCUGAAGGUUAAGAUGUUAUAGAAAAUGAAGUUACAGAGGUGUCGUGAAUUCAUUUAAAUGACAUCAGGUCUCCGUACAGUGCCAUUGUUGAUUACAUUAUUAAAAUAUGAACCUUUACUAAGGUUUCACAUGCCUCCAUAGAGCAAAGGGACCGGACUCAUAAAACAUUUACCACCGUGCUGCUGAGUUGAUUUAAUGAAUCUUUAAAUAAAGAACUCAGUCAGUUUAUUUUCAGGGCUGACGGUGGUCUGGUAAAUGCUUUGGGAAUAUGGCCCUGAAGAUUCUCACAUGCACACGGGCACUGUUUGAGAAUUUGGCUUUUGUUACCUUCAUUGUUUUAGAUGUGCAACUGUUUGAAACAGUUAAAUAGACCUCACUUGUUUUGUAACUCAGCCAAAAGUGUUAACAAUAAAUGAGCUGCACGAUGCGGAGGCAAGAUCGCUUGCUGGAAGUCAGCCUUUGGGUAUUGAAGUUAUUUGUAUAUACUGUAUUGGACUUUGUGUUUCGAUUGCAUCAGGUCUUCAGAAAUAGGAUUCCCUGUAAAAAUAUAUGAUCAUGACGUUUUUUAUGUUGUUAAGUUGUUAAAAUGAUUAUUUCAAAUCCAUUGUUAAUCAAGGGUGAAAAUUUGCUAGUUUGGAAUACAUCAGGAGACUGACCGUAAGAUUAGUCUUAGAACAAGGGAAAUUAAUUGCUGUUUAGAAAAGGUGACUGUAGGUUACAAGCUCAACGUAGCUAUAGACCCAACAGCCAGAUAAAGCAUUUUCAUUGAAAUUUCUUUCUGUUAGUAUUCAAAGAUCUUUUACCCCAAAACUGCUUUGAUAGUGAUGUAUAUGAUUAGUGUUGUUGUGCUGCGUUCAAUUUUUUUAAACAUAUUUCUCAUUCUACAAUUUUACAUUAGUCAUUUUUUAUAAACAGAAACCUUUCAGACGUGGAAACUAGCUACCUAAUUCUGCAUCGAUUUACUACCUUAUUAUGUUACAAGUUUUUUUGCAAAUAUCUUACUUUUACUGUACAUAUUUUUUUGUGUGUUCAUGGGUAUUAUCAUGCAAUACUGUGUGUACUCUGUAGAUGUGUUUCAGGUGUUUAACACCCCAUUUAGAAACUGUAAUCGGACUGUAUCCUCAUUCAGGGAUUAUGGGUUGAUAGUGUUCAUACUGUACAUUCAAGUCCAGGUAUGUUUUUUGUUCUUCCCAUUCUGUUUGUUUUGAUUAAAAACUGUCAGAACAUUGCCUGACAAUGUGACUCACUGUGGGGAAGUCGACCAAGAGAAUAAGACUUUUAGGACUGACUUGAGAUCAUGUAGCAGUUUUAACUGAACAGUGUCUUAGGUUACAUUCCAAUAUCUGUUUCACUGAGAAAUUGUUACAGUUGUAAUCGUUCAAAAGAUAUUUGCUUAAAUCAGAUUUAAAAACAAAUAAACAAAAAAUCACUUAUUUUGAGACUGGACAGAUUACUUUUUAAUCUUAAUCUUAAAACAAUUUGGAGAGUAUCUUUCCAGAUGUCGAAGGCAGAUCAGUGGUCAGUGCAAAUCAAUCACGUUAUUGAAUGAAAGGAUAGACCACACUCUGGCAGAUAUGGAGCCGUCCCUCACAGGGGGUGAGGGCGAGACUGGAAACUCAUAUGUAGCAGUGCCUUGAUCUUACAAUACAGCCUUACAUGUUGAGGAAUAUGCAGGUCUAAAUCAGAAUAUAUGCUAAGCUCAGACUUGAAUGUACAGCCCUGUUCUAGGGGGUGAAGUUUAAAGGUGCAGCGUCCCAUGCAGCUCAGCCAGUGAUUCAUGUCUGGGGUUAUCGGUGUAGCAAGAACACCCUUUCGAAAUUUCUGUUUGACUUUACUGAGUGUCCCUACAGAUACAACCACCUUCGAUGAUGCAGAGAAACUGUAAACGGGAUAAAGUAGAGUGCACAGGCUAGUCUUGUGAUAAAGAAACAGUGACCGUGGGACAUUGCCCCUUUAAAUACAUUUGUGUAGUUUUAAUUAUUAUUAUUAUUAUUAUUAUUAUUAUUAUUAUUAUUAUUAUUAUUAUUAGGCAGCACCAGUUUGGGAUAUGUCAUGGCUCUCAGUGGUUUGAUUUCAGUCCAGGUGGGCUAUGGUUAGAGGGCUGAAUAAGUACAAGUACAGGCUCAGGUUCAGGUAGAAGUACAAGCAUGUUACUUUUGUUAUUGUGGUGGCUGCUCUGUGGGAGAUCCAACACCUUUCUGGAGCACAAAACAACAACAACUAUACCUUAAAAAGGCUGUAUAAGGUAACAGUAGAACAGUUUUGUACCAUGUCCUCGCACUCACAGCUGAACAAGCCUGGCUUCUCCCUUGUUUUUCUUGAUUGGUUGUACUUUCGCAGCUUGCAUGUAUAAUAAGCAUACAGUCCAAAUUGUUCUGUUUUCCUGGCAUUAAUAGUGACAUGUUCAAUGGAUACUAACAUAUCUAGUGUAUUCUUCUUUUGAUAAAUGCUGUUGCUUCUGUAUUCCUCAUAUUAUAUUUUUAAAGGCUGAGCGCUUAACUUCUCACUUUGCUCUACAGGGCCCCCUGGUGCUAGAAACAGAAACACAUUGACAGGGGUACCCAGACCUAUGUUGCCCACUCCUCAUAUUCAGACAGCAACCAGCUAAGCUGUGCUUUGUGUUUCAAUUGCACCAGGUCUUCAGAAAUAGGAUUCCCUGUAAAAAGAUACGAUUAUGAUAUUUUCAUGUUGUAAAGUUAACUGUUGUUUGAAAGCCAUUGUUACUCAAGGGAUACAUGCUAGUGACUGUGCAGUGCAAGUUCCCAUGUUAUACUAUCAGUCUGCAAUCAUCUACAGAAUCUGGUACUUUCACGUACUGCGGCAUGUAAAUAAUGUUUGUCUGUGUGGCUCGAGGGAGACGGGAGAAAAAGAAACCGAAAAUCAAUAAAUUGUAGAAGACGAUAUUGGCUUUCUGAAACUUUAAAUUAACUUUGAAAAUGGCUGUUAACAGCAAAGAGAUUCUGUACUUAUAAUUGUUGUAUUAUUUCCUAUUUCUCUGAUCUCAAUAAAGCAAGUUUUCUUUUUCA